GGUCGUGAAAUAGGCAUUGCACAACCGUUACAGGAGAUUAUCGUUAGCUAUAAACUGCCCGGUGUGUGAUAUUCUCACCAUAUAGAAUCUAAAUACGACUAGGUAUUGAUGUGCUGAACGUGCCACUGCCGUAAGCUGCUAAUAAUCGAGAUGAAAACGAAAUACACCCAAGUUCCCUAUCCCGGAGGCGCGAGACGCUUGCCCGACCUCUUCACUGUCAACACCAACGGCAUCGACGAUGCCGGUGUUGAUACAAUUCUAGACAUGACAGGUCUUUCUUCGUGGAAAACCGCCACCCAGAAUGUCAAUCUGUCACUGAACAAAAAGGGUCGCUGGAAAAUAAUCGAGUCUCUAAAAAAGGAAAUGGAGAGUGAUGUUUACAACGAGGAAGAGUUUACCUUGUAUGUUGUAGAGAGGCUCUGGAUAAACGGGGCUGCCAACUGCGAGUCUAUAACAGGGAGCAAAGGCAGUGAAAAAACUUACUAUGGCGGUUCGUGUUUUUUUAAUGCCGAUGAUUUUUUACGAAAGCCGAAAGACAUAGUGAACGGUAAACGUAAAAAGAAGGCAGGGGGAGAUAAGUCUGUCUCACCCCAAGCCUCGGAGAGUGACAUCCCUUCCGCCACGCCCGAGAUACGGAUAGAGGUAGUUCAACCUCACUGGAAGAUUAGGACGUCGUCGGCCCCUGUGACAACGAGGCGUAGACGCAGACGCGCAGAAUACAAUGCCGUAAAACCGAUUGAAGCGAAUACAGUUUGGCCGGACUGGUCGACUGAAAGCAAACCAAAGACCACAUCUAAGCCAAAGAGUGAAAACAAGAAACGACUACCAGUUCUGUCGUGGGAUUCAGAUCAUGAUGUUGAACUCCCGCAUGCCGAGUCACAGGAUGAAGAUGAGAAUAAUGAACAUCCAAAGUUCAGUAAGGAUGUUGAGUUUGAAGAACUUUUCGUGAAGAGUCUACCUUGCACCCGUAGGAAAAGAACUCUUAAUCCCAGAAACGUGCUAUCUCGGACAAAUAAGGGUAAAAUCAUAUACACUGACAAGGAUGAAUUUGCAAUGAAAGGUGUAGAUGUCACAGAAGCAAAAACUGAUGAAGAUUCAGAUUCUGGUCUUGGAACUACUGAUGUAAUUGGAGAAACGAACAAUGUUGUGCCAGAAGAGGAUGAUGUUACUGUGGUGUUCAAACCGGAUGAUGUUGCACCUGAAGCGUUGACUGCAAUCUUUGGUGAACGGUACGUCGAGUGCGCAUGUCACCCACGUCGCUUCCUGUUGGUUGCUAUCCGCGAAGUUCCCCACUUGCUUUUGACCCCACAUAUAAGAAAGAAUCGCUCCAGGAAUGAAGGGUGGAGGUUCGUCACUUCAUUUUCACAGACAACCCGCAACGUAACGAAAACUGGCUUCUUGUUGUUUGAAGAAAAGGAUGACGGUAAAUUUAGCUUCCGGCUGGAGACUGAUGCAGAUCUGAACAAGCCCCUGUGGGUGGGGGCAGCCCAGGAGACGGAAAACUGGUCCCCAUCGGCUCUGGUCGACUGCAUGUGCGAUCUGCUCCAAAAGCACACCAGCACAAGCACGAGACUCAAACCCUUCAGUGUCGAACGACCAAGCCCCACGUUCCCUACUUUGAGUAAUCUCCUGAGCUGGCCCAAGACUGAGAGUUAUCUCCCUUCCACGUUCCCUGCCAUACCGUCGAGGGAGGAGCCAGUUUCCAAGGUUACCGAUGUCCCUGACUGCUGCAACGUUUGCUAUGACGUCAUAGACAUGUCCUCACGAAACGCUAGAGGAAUGGCACUCGCCAUGUGCGGACAUUGGUUCUGUCAUACCUGUUGGGAGGGUCACGUGACCGCCAGCCUGGAGAGCGGCUCUAUCCACAUGACAUGCCCAGAAUUCGGCUGUAAAGUCCGUCUGGAUGUCGGCACGAUGACAUCCGUUAUGAGCAUGCGCCAACUGAAGGUGUACAUGUCCCGCCUGGACGAUGUGGAGGUUGAGACAUCCGGGUCCAAGUCAUGGUGCCCGAGACCCGGAUGCACUCGCAUUGUAUCAGUUCCAAAAGGUGGCGCUGAAACCGGAUGUGUCCAGUGCAGCUGUGGCGCCACCUUCUGUGUCCAGUGCCACAGUCAUCCACACUGGCCGGCCGCCUGCUCCAACCUGGCAAGAUACACUACAGACCUGAAACAUUUUAAUGAUUACAAAUUGGUGUCAUGGUUACCAAGUGCGGGUCCUCAAGUGAAAGGUAAACGGUGUCCAAAGUGCAAACAUUUCAUCCAGAAGAACGGAGGCUGUCCCAACAUGGUCUGUAGAUGUGACUACAGUUUCUGCUGGCAGUGCUUAGAACCGUGGGACAAGCACAUCACCAGAGAUUGUUACUCCAAGAAAGACGAUGAGGACUCCAAGCUCAUGCAGGACGUGUAUUUUGAUACCAUUUCUGAGCGUCCCGAGUCCAGGAGCCCAGCCUACAUGUUGGCCCUGAGAAGCAGGCGGAACCAACAGGCGGCGCAGGGAUAUGGCAUGGCACGUCACGUGACUAAGAUGAAGCGGAAACUGAAGGUACUGGCCGUCAGACAUCGGAGAGCUCAGUCCUCACGCUCGAAAUAUCAGCCUCUGUCAGAGCGGAAGUCACAUGACUUGGAGGAAUUGUCCCGGAUGUUGGAGGACACGGACAUGAGAGGAGGACGUCAUUUGCUUGACUGGGCACUCAACCUUAUUUUCGAGGUCCACCAUGUGAUCGAAUAUACUGCUGUGCUGGUGGACCAGACGUCUUGCAGUCCGAGGCUGUAUCAGAUGGUGAAGUCGCUGGGGUUCUUGGUGUCAAGAAUGGAACAGGUGUUCCAGGAUGGUGUGGAUCAGAAGGUUAUAGAGGUACCCGCCAAACUGACCCGUCUCGGUAGCAAGGUGAUGGAACAUCUCAUGGAGCUCCGUGCUCAGAAGUUACACCAGCCUCUGAAGGUCAUCGAGGAGGAAGUGACGUCAUGAAAUACUGGGAUACUUGAACGUUUACUUAAGACUCAAGUGUGUUGCAGCAGACGUAUUGGUGCAGGCACACAUGCCUAUUUCCAGACGAGAUUUGAUUGAUGACGUUGCACGCGUCGACUUGGUUAUCAAGUAUUGUGUUCAGAGGAACAAUCCUAAUAACGUAUUGGUGCUGACAGUGUUAUAUCAAAAUAAAAUACCACCAUUGUAUUAACGGUGCUUAAAAUAUGUGGUGGAUAUAGUUUCAAGAAGAGUGGUUUGAGAGAAUGUGACCCUUUCUGCCUCCCUAAACGUCUCGGAUGCAGAGUUGUCCCACACUUUCAAGGAAUCAACCGAUCUAAGUUUGUUUUGGGGUAUCAGAAGUCAUACCUACCAGCCAUCAGUAUUUUCUACCAGCAAUGGAAUACCAGGUCAUUUGUUGUCACUCGUGAUGGUUACGGAAAGGGGCGACAAAUGACAUACCAAAAGAACAAAUAUUUGUAUACACGCGUCGUGAACAUAGGCGUAAAGUGUAAGGCAACGGUGCUAAAGCGCAGACUGUGUGUGUGUGUGUGUGUGUGUGUGUGUGUGUCUGUGUGUGUCUGUGUGUGUCUGUGUCUUCCAUGUGGACAUUUUUGUUAUUGUUGAUUAUAUUACUAACUCUUUAUGUUGGCUGUGCAAAACUUACCAAAUACUCGAUGGCACAUGUUAUUGUUUGUGCUUCCCUUGUGUAUUUUAUGUCAAUAU